AUGACAUCAAAGCUAGAAGAGGACCUCACCUGUGCAGUCUGCCAUGACAUCUACAAGGAUCCUGUCAUAAUGACGUGUGCUCAUAGUGUGUGUAAGGCCUGUCUGCAUCAGUUCUGGCAGAGCAAAGGAUCCAGAGAAUGCCCCUACUGCAGGAGGAAAUGCUCAAGAUCAGCAUACCCACCCAACAUUGCGUUAAGGAACCUGUGUGAGACAUUCUUAAAGGAGAGCAGUCAGAGAGCUUCAGCAGGGUCUGAGGUGCUCUGCAGUCUGCACAGUGAGAAACUCAAGCUCUUCUGUCUGGAGGAUAAACAGCCUGUGUGUGUGGUGUGUCGAGACUCUAGGAAACAUAAAAAUCACAACUUCAGUCCCAUAGAUGAAGCAGCAGAAGAGCGCAAGGAGGAGCUGAAGACUGCACUGCAGCCACUACAGAAGGAGCUGGAAUCAUUUGAAGAGGUGCAGCUCAUCUGGGAUGAAACGGCAGAACACAUCAAGACUCAGGUUCUCAACACAGAGACGCAGAUCAAGCAGGAGUUUGAGAAGCUUCACCAGUUUCUACGAGAUGAAGAGGCAGCCAGGAUAGCUGCACUGAGGGAGGAAGAGGAGCAGAAGAGUCAGAUGAUGAAGGAGAAGAUUGAGAAGAUGAGCAGAGAGAUCUCAUCUCUUUCAGACACAAUCAGAGCCAUAGAGGAGGAGAUGGAAGCUGAUGAUGUCACAUUCCUGCAGAACUACAAGAGCACUGCCAAAAGAGCACAGUGCACACUGCAGGAUCCAGAGAAGCUUUCAGGAGCUCUGAUCAAUGUGGCAAAGCACCUGGGCAACCUGAAGUUCAGAGUCUGGCAGAAGAUGAAGGACUUGGUUCAAUACACUCCUGUCACUCUGGAUCCCAACACUGCAUGUGAUAUUCUCAUCCUGUCUGAGGAUCUGAACAGUGUGAGACGUGGUGGUGAGAUACAGCAGCUUCCUGAUAAUCCAGAGAGAUUUGACUUGGCUGUCCGUGUGCUGGGCUCUGAGGGCUUUAACUCAGGGACACACUGCUGGGAUGUGGAGGUUGGGGAGAGUAAUGAUUGGGAACUGGGUGUGAUGACAGAGUCUCUCCAGAGGAAGGGCAGUAUUAUCAAUAUGAGUGGCCAGUGGCUAGUGUGGUAUGUCAAUGGUGAAUAUGCAGCAGGGGCUCCACCUCAUAAGUAUCGUGACCUCACAGUGCAGCAGAGACCCCAGAGGAUCAGAGUGCAGCUGGACUGGGACAGAGGAGAGCUGACAUUCACUGACCCUGAUAAUAACACACACCUACACACCUUCACACACACUUUCACUGAGAGAGUGUUUCCAUUCUUUGGGGCUUUCCCAAACACCUUUUUCAGGAUCCUACCAGUGAAAUGUUGUAUCAGUAUGAAUCCUCACAGUUAGAGAUCAUUCAACCUCUGUGUUACAAUGGAUGACUACAACACAGAACACUGAUAGUAGAACAUUUCCAAUGGAGGUUUUAGAAAAUCUGAGGCCCUGGACAAAGAACAAUUUUGAGGCCCUCCCAUGAUUUGUAAUUGCAGGAAACGAAUGCUGUAAUGCAAGGAUGAGGCCCCUGAUUGGACAAGGCCCUGGGUAAUUGCCUGACCUUGCUCGAUGCAAACACUGCCUAUGAACUUCUAUAACUAGAAAUUCAUUAUAUUAAUGGUAUAAUAUGUGAAGACUAACCAUAGGUGUAGUGAUGAGUUUCAUUUAAAUCACAGCUUCAUUUGAGUGAAAUGAAAUCAUGGGACAGUGGUCAUAAAACCACAAGCGUCACCUAACAAAGGGCUGGGGAGAAGGCCUGUACCCACCCACUUGUCGAGCCCACCCAAUCAGAAGAUUGUUUUGAUUGAUUGACAGCUUUAAUAAGUGACUCACUGUGUAUGUUUUGGUUUAGGUUACCUGUUUUAUUCUUGUCCCCCCAUGUUAUGAUAUCUGGCUCAUACCUGGUCUAUGCCAUCUAUUAGUUAAGAAUUACAUCUUCAGGUACACAGAAGCACACUCAAAAUGAAAACAAGAUUUCUGUCACAGCUUCCAUUGAGGGAACAAAUGACUAUAAAUUAAAAGGAUACAAAUCUAUUAUUUUGUCUGUAGUUUCCAGAUCAUGUAUUAAAAAAUAAAUGAAAGCAAAAAUCUAAAAAAAGUGCUAUUCAGA